GUCAAAAAGUUCGCAGUGUUGACGGGGCAAAAUUUGGCCGCCAGCCCUAGCAGCCGGCGAAGCCGAAAAACUCGCUAUUGUCCUCCAUUGCCGUCCAUCUCGAGUUCUUCCAUUUACAACACGACCAAGAACAACAUCGAAUCAAGAAUGGAAUAACGAAGGUGGUUAUUUUGUACUUCAAGGUUCGAUUCAGAAGAGCGGGAUUCGGGAAUAAUGCGAUUGCAGGUACACCGGGCGCAGAAGAUUGCCCACAUUUCUCGCAGCUUUUGCGGUCCUGCUCACAGCGAAUCUCGCCAUCCUUCUCAUGUCGCCAUCGCAGGAGCUGAGACGGUUUGGUUCACCAAAGCAAUUUGCAUACUCUGCGCUCGCAAUCAGUCGCGUAUGGAUGUUUUUGGGUGCGAUUAUUUCCGGGAGAAUCUUAAUCCGAUGAUUGCUUUUGCUGUGAUCGAACACAUUAGUGGUAAAUUGAAUAACACGAGGUUGGCCUUUAGCUUCUUCCAAUUCGCGAGACUCAAUCUGAGUCUUGUUCAUUCAGUUUACAGCUUCCAAGUGCUGCUGAUGUCUCACUGCGAAUUAAGUCUUCAUGAUUCGGUUAGAUUAUUGGUUGAUUAUAUGAGAGCAGAUGGGCAUUUGUCAGAUAGGUCGGUUUUAGAGUUUGUAGUAUUGACACUUGCAAAUGCAGGCAACUUUGAGGUUGCCAAGGAAAUUUUGAUUUCUGAAUCUCAUGUAAUAAGCAAUGGGAGAUGUGGAAAUUUUAGCCAUUUUCUGCUUAAUAAGUUUUUGAGUUUGUUGAUGAAGAAAAACAGGGUUGAUGAAGCUGUUAGUUUCUUCACAGAUUAUAUUUUGAGGUCUCAGAGUUAUUGUUUUGAUACUUGCACAUUCAACAUUGUGAUCCGAGGGCUGUGUCAGGCUGGAAGAGUUGACAAUGCCUUUCCAUUUUUCAGUAGUAUGGAGAAAUAUGGUCGUCUUCCUGAUCUUGUUACGUAUAAUACUCUUAUAAGCGGGUUCUGUGGUAUUGGUGAUGUAGGCAGAGCUCAAAGUUUAUUGAGAGAAAUUCAUUUGCUAGAUCGGUUUUCCCCAGAUGUCGUGACAUAUACAUCUGUCAUUUCAGGUUUUUGUAAGUUAGGUAGAAUGGACGAGGCAGUCAAUCUCAUGGAAGAAAUGAUUUCUUCUGGGAUCCGACCAAGCAUAGUUACUUUUAAUACUCUAAUAAACGGGUUUGGCAAGAUUAGAGACAUGGUUUCAGCCAUAAAGAUGUAUGACAGGAUGUGCCUUGUCGGUUGCCCUCCUGAUGUCAUCACCUUCACUUCUCUCAUCAAUGGUCAUUGCCAAUCUGGUGAUUUAGAUCAAGGUUUGAAGCUAUGGAAUGAAAUGAAUGAAAAGAAGUUGUUCCCAAACGCAUACACAUUCUCUAUUGUCAUUCAUGCCUUGUGCCAGAAAAAUAGAAUUACUGAAGCAUGCAAGAUAUUGAAGCAAUUGAAAUGGAGAGCUGAUAUAGUUCCCAAACCAUUCAUAUAUAACCCCGUAGUCGAUGGCCUUUGUAAGUCAGGAAAUUUAGAACAGGCUAAUGCCAUUGCUGCAGAUAUGGAGGAGAAAGGGUGCCAUCAUGACACGAUCACAUUCACCAUUCUCAUUCUUGGCCAUUGCAUGAAAGGAAGAAUGAUUGAUGCCGUUAAUAUUUUUAAUAAGAUGUUGACUUUGGGUUGCACUCCGGAUGAAUUGACCAUAAACUGUUUCACUUCUCUCCUUCUGAAAGCUGGUAUGGCCAAGGAAGCAUAUAGAAUUAAGACUGUUGCGGCAAAGGAUUCGCGAGAUGUAAAGCCAUCUUCAGGAACCGUUCUAUUCAGGAAUAAUAUUGAAGUGCCCAUAGCUGCUUAUAAUAGUUAGAACCCAUGGUUGUACACCGCUUUUCGAUAAAACUUUUUAAGAUCCUUCCAGACUGCUGCCUUGGCAUGUGCUCGGCCCGUGCAUGAUAAAAAGACAACAGCUAGAUCUGGACAUCCUUUGGGCUUUCUUGAAUUUUCACCUGUGUAGUUGAUUCUCACAUGUUGGUUUUAUAGCCUGAACAGUUAUAACAAAUGGAUUUAGUUGACAUCUUGAGGCACAUAAUAUGUCAAGGGAAGAGAACCACUUAUAUUCUCACACUGAACCUGCUGAGAUGCAGAAUGAUUUUUGAAUAGGCAAUCAGUUAUUCAAUUUAGAAGGUUGGUCUUCUAAAGCACAUACUGUUAUCAUGUUGGGAAAACUGCUAUGCUGGUGGAAGCCUGUGGAUAUGGAAAACUGGGUCAGCACAAAAUAUGAUGUCCUUUCGCCAUGAUAUUCUACUUUGGAAGAAGCCUAGCUGGUUGACACACCAGCAGUGAAGGAGCAAGCCUCAAGGUGUGUCUCAACAAUUUUUACCAGUAAUGCAAAAUGAAGGGCUAUUGGUAGUGAAGACCAAAGGAUGAGAUGCCCAGAAUCUAUCUGUUGAAAUAAAAAACUUACGAUUACACAAGCCAGUAGACUAAGGGUGGUAAGAUUUGUAAUGUAAAUGUGCCAGCUGCUGGGCAAUUCUAGUUGCAGUUCAAGAUGGUUUGUGUGGACAGGGAAGGAGGUGAGAUGAUGCUGCCCCUUAGAGGCCUUUGUUAGGAGAGAAAAAAAUCAAUUGCUUGGUACUUCUCCGUCUCAGAGUACUCGUCCUAUUUGUUUUUUAGUCAAAUUGGACACUUCAAUCACUAACUACAUUACAUAUUGAAUUGAUUUUUGAAAGAUAAAUUUAAUAAAAUUAUUUUUGUACU